UUGAUUAUUAGGUUCUAAGUUGAUCAUUCGUUUCGUUCCAAUCCAACGUUGACGAUGUACAGUAGCAUCUCGUGUUAUAUCACGUAAAGUUGUGUAAUUUAUUGUGUCAAGUUGAAUGAAUUUGUGAUAUAAUAAUACAUUUCGUAUUUUUUGUGUAUAGUUGUAACCAAUUGUUAACUUUUAUAAUGGAUUUGAGACAGAGAAAAUUAAAAGAUGAUACCUCAGCUCCACAUAUCAACGUAAGGUCUAGGAUAUUGAAGCAGCCGCGUCGCUUUAAGAGAGUAUUCAUCCUCCUCAUAGUUUUAGUGCUAUGCGUCACUUAUUUCUUGGGCAUGUUCACCGGCCAGUCACAAUGGCUGGACGGCAUAGCAAAAACCCUAGGCUACGAGAGCGAUAACCACUACGCUGUCAUUAUUGACGCUGGCUCGUCGGGGACCAGGGUUCUGGCGUAUAAAUUUAGAGUACCAUUUACAGUAUUUGGUCAAGGCGACUUGGACCUGGUGGAAGAAUAUUUUGAGCAAUCCAAGCCGGGGUUGUCCUCUUUUGCGGAUAAUCCGGAACAGGGUGCCGAUACAAUAGUACAAUUAGUAAAAAAAGCCGAAUUUCUCAUCCCACCUGAAAAACGUAGAGUAACUCCGCUCCUAGUACGUGCUACAGCUGGCUUGAGAUUGUUACCGGAGAAGAAGGCGAAGGGAUUGCUGGAUGAAACAUACAGAGCUAUUUCCAAGUUAGGUUUCGACGUUAGUGCCAAUAGUGUUUCUAUAAUGGAUGGAUCAGACGAGGGCAUAUUCAUCUGGUACACUCUUAAUUUAUUGCAUAAUUUAAUGGGAGAACAAACGAUGGCUGCCUUGGACCUCGGCGGUGGGUCCACACAGAUCACUUACCAACUCUCGGACAGCCACAAGAAGUCCUAUCCUGAGAAAGAUCAGUACAUCGUCAAUGCUGGGAGCAACAUUACUCUCUACACACAUAGUUACCUGAAACUAGGGCUGCUGGCGGCCCGCUACGGCAUAUUCCUUCUAGAAGCGGGCAACAACAAGAAUACGACAGAAUUUACGUCUGUCUGUCUGGAGCCCAUACUCAAUAAGGAGCCGUGGACGUAUGCCAAUACUCAGUAUUAUGUUAGUGGCGCCCCCCGCCGGAAGGAUUUGGCACGAGACAAGGUGCUGAGCCAGUGCCACGCUGUGGUGCGGCGCUACGUCAUGCACACGCUGGACUGGGAGCCCAGGGAGCAGCCGCGGGGCUCCGUGGCGGCCAUGUCUUAUUUCUAUGACGUCGCCGCUGACGCCGGAUUGAUCGACGUUAUGAAUGGCGGCACAGUAUCAGUAGCCAAGUAUAGAGAGGCAGCGCUCCGUGCGUGUUCUGAUGAUAACGUGGAACAACCGUGGGCCUGCGUGGACCUGGUCUACGUGAUCACCCUACUGCAGGACGCGUAUAAGAUAAAGGACAACGAGCCGGUAUCGCUGUUCAAGAAAGUGCAUGGUCACGAAGUGUCUUGGGCAUUAGGCCUCGCGUACACAACUGUCAUGAAUCGCAUUGCCGCUGCUGCUGCAGCUGCUGCGUAACAGUGAACCCUAUUUUAAUAGCCAUAAGGUACAUUUUAACAUAGAUCGAUACCUUCUAGGAAAUAUGGCCCAGUCACUGUUCCAAGAUUUUGUUAUGUUUUAAGCGAAGGUAAGGUUUAUUGGAAAGAUAUACAUGUUAUUAAA